UCUAUAAAUGCAGCAGGGAGCGCACAUCUGGCUGCAGUGAGGCGUGGUUGCUCAGAUCUGACAGGUGGCCAAGGAUCAGGACCUGCUUUUCUCCUACACACAAACACAACAGCAGCAAGAUGCCAAAGUGCCCCAAGUGCCAGAAGGAGGUUUACUUCGCUGAGAGGGUGACGUCACUGGGGAAGGACUGGCACAGGCCAUGUCUGAAGUGUGAGAAGUGCAACAAGACGCUGUCUGCUGGCUCACAUGCGGAGCAUGAAGGCAAGCCGUACUGUAACAAACCCUGCUAUGCUGCAAUGUUUGGACCUAAAGGGUUUGGACGUGGUGGUGCCGAGAGCCACACCUACAAAUAGACAGGGCGAAGCAUCGCGGCGUGAACGCUUUGUGGGAACAAGAUUGAAGAAACCAAACCUCUCAGACAAUGGAACACCUCUAAACAAAUCGCUCGCUUCCAUGCGGGGAACCAAUUUGAAUGCAUUUGCUUUUGUUUGACCUGUUUUAGGCCAUUUUGGGUUUUGUUUUUAUUUUGUAAUUUUAUGUUAAGUCAUGGUGACAUUGUCCUUUGGCUUCCACUUUUCCAAUGAAACAUUAUGAAAUUUGUGUCUUUGAUUUUUUUUUAUUUUGUGGGAUUUUUUUGUUGUUUGUUUUGUAAAGAAAAGUUCUGACAGUUUUUCCACUUAAGCAAAGUUUCGCAUCAAAUGACAAUUAUAGUAGAGCACUGUCAUAAAAUAUAUAUGACUUUUUUAAUGUUGAAGCCUAGUUUAUUAAAAAUAAAACUCUGGACAUGGCACCGCCAGAGGCUGUUCUUUCAUUAAUGGUAAUUAAACGAGAUUUUCCUUUUAUGAGUUCCAUCGGCAUCUUUAAUAAGGACAGAAUAAUUACAGUUUACACUCGACCCAAUUAUACAUUCCACUUUUCGAGCUUGUUUGGUUUCCAGAUGGCGAACGUCCAGAAAAUGUUUGACAAUCCUCUCAUUCAAUUGUUUAUUGUGAUUGAUGCUCAUUUUCUUUAUCAGUCGCUGUUUGAAGUUAGAGAAAGAGCAGAUUUAGGAGGCCAUUUGAAAUAAAAUAAUCUUUUCUUUGA